UGCUGGCCGGUUGCACACGGACUCAGCUCAGGUUUCCUCUCCUUUCCUCUCCCUCUCUCUUUCUUUCUGCCUCUUCUUCCUCUUCCCCCCUCGCAGCUUUCCACCUCCACUCGGCAGGGCCCCACGCGGCUCCGGAAAGACAUGGAAAACACACCACUUCAUAUCAUUGAGCAGCCUCUCGCAGGAUACUCUGAGGCUGGAGUCCCGGAGCCGUCCCCGAUUGGGGCGCCCGCGGAAGAGAUGUCAGGGGGCUCCGAGGAACUGAUCAAAUCGGACCAAGUGAAUGGAGUGCUGGUCUUGAGCCUGCUGGACAAGAUCAUCGGCGCUGUCGACCAGAUCCAGCUGACCCAGGCCCAGCUGGAGGAAAGGCAGGCGGAGAUGGAGGGAGCGGUGCAGAGCAUCCAGGGCGAGCUAAGCAAAUUGGGCAAAGCACACGCCACCACGAGCAACACGGUGAGCAAGCUUCUGGAGAAGGUGCGCAAGGUCAGCGUCAACGUGAAGACGGUGAGAGGCAGCCUGGAGCGUCAGGCCGGCCAGAUCAAGAAGCUCGAGGUCAACGAAGCGGAACUGCUGCGGCGCCGGAACUUUAAAGUCAUGAUCUACCAGGAUGAAGUGAAGCUUCCAGCCAAAUUAAGCAUCAGCAAGUCCCUGAAGGAGUCUGAGUUGCUGCCAGAGAAGGAAGGUGAUGAGCUGGGUGAGGGGACAGAGAAGCCUGAAGAUGAUGCUACUCUAGAAUUGUCUUCUGAUGAGGCCGUAGAAGUAGAGGAGAUCAUUGAGGAGUCCAGAGCUGAGAGAAUCAAGAGAAGUGGCCUUCGGCGAGUGGAUGACUUCAAGAAAGCCUUCUCCAAGGAGAAAAUGGAAAAGACGAAGGUACGGACCAGGGAGAAUCUGGAAAAGACCCGACUGAAGACCAAAGAGAACCUGGAGAAGACAAGGCACAAUCUGGAGAAGAGAAUGAACAAGCUGGGCACAAGGAUUGUGACAGCUGAGCGGCGGGAGAAGAUGAAGACAUCCCGAGACAAGCUCCGCAAAUCUUUCACCCCUGACCACGUAGUCUAUGCCCGUUCUAAGACGGCUGUCUACAAGGUGCCACCCUUCACCUUCCAUGUCAAGAAGAUUCGAGAGGGAGAGGUUGAGGUUGUCAAGGCCACAGAAAUGGUGGAGGUUGGAGGUGAAGAGGAUGGAAUUGAAGAUGAUGGUGGUGAGGGCACUGACCUCCUGAGAGGGAGCAGCCCUGACAUGCACACCUUGCUGGAAAUCACUGAGGAAUCAGAUGCUGUGCUAGUGGACAAGAGUGAUAGCGACUGAGUGGGAGAGAGGGAAAGGGAAAGGAAGAGCUGUGCUCUCUGGAAGCUCUGGGGAUGGAGGAGUAGGGAAGAAGCCUACCCCCUACUCCUCCAUCCCCAGGUUCUUUCUUGUUUUGAACUCUCUGUCUCUGUUUCAUUCUGUCUGUCCCUCACUCUCUCUGUUUCAAACUGGGGCAUUGGCUGAGAGUUUUAUAAAUUGAAAAUACAUCCUUAAGAAUUCACCCCUUCCUUUCCAUAUCCCUGCCUUAUAUGAGCACAGGGAUCUUUGGCAGAACCCACCACUAUAAUAUGCUUCAUGGUGGAAAGGUGAAAGAGGCACCACUUGUUUUCCAAUUAUCCAGUUUGGGGUCUCCCAAAAGAGGUUGCUGCCCUUUCCAUUACAGGGCCUCCAAAAGCCCUUGAGGAUGCUAUUGUCCUCUCUUCCUCACCCCUUCCCAGCUCUCAUUCCUGCCUUUGUAGUCUUCCCCUACACAAGUUACACUUACUGUAAACAUACCCUUAACCUUCACCUUUUUCCAGGUUUAAACCAUAUCCACCCCGAUAGGAAAUGAAAGCCUUUUCUUGAAAGAAUAUGAAGGCAGUUUGGGGGUUAGAACAGUAGAAUAUGAAGCAAACAGGGCCAUGAUAAUUGUCCAAAGGUAGGGUUUAGGGAGGGGGAGCAGAUGUCCAGGCCAGGUUCCAUCACUAGGUCCUAGCAUAAAAGGGCUGGAGCCAAGUGGAGGCCUAAAGAGACAUCUACAUCCACAUAUACACACCCAUGCAGGCAUGUACAUACAUGGCUGUGUGGGAGGAUGGAUUACAGGAAGGUGGGGCUUGGGGAAAGAGGGGAAAAGAGAUGCCACUCCCUAGCAGCAUGGAGAACAGACUAGGCAUCUAGCCAGUGCCCAAGAGUACAGCAGAUCCAUUGCCAGCUAUAGGAGGAAGGGCUGAGAAGGGGCAAAUCUCAAGCUCAAAGGCUGGGUUGGCUAUAAGAUUUGGGGACAAGAUCUCUGCCUUGGUUGACCUGCUGUGACAACUCUAUCCUCCUGACAGUAUCAGGAGAGAGAAAACAAGUUUUAUCCCCUGGCUGAGUAAUACAAGCCAGGGCCUGCCCCAUUUCUCAUUGCCCAGCUGUGUCUGGAUCAGUGAAAUGGAAAGUUGCUGGAUUGGAAAACUAUGGCUAGCUAGGGUUUUGGAGGCGGUCAGGGGCACAAGUGCCUCUGACAAUAAGAGACAGAUGGUGUGUGUGUAACAGAGAAGGACAGAUGGAAAAGAAGAGAGAAAACUGGGUUAGGGGAUCUGUAUGUAUACCAUAUCCCAAGUUUACUUGUGGCACUGUCUGGUAGUUUGCUUGGUAUUCUGUUGUUACCUCCCAGAGUUAGGCACAAUUCAGCUUUGUUUUCCCUGCCUCAGGGGGUUCCUCUCCAGUUUCUUUUGGGGAGAGAUACUGUCUGCUGUUGGCAGGACUUGGUCUCUGCUGCCUUUUGAUUAGAUUUCCUUCUGGAUCCCCCAGGGCCAACCCUACUCCCUUAACCCAUUUUCCCUCUGGGGACUGAACUACGGAGGUAGCUUAGCCCCAAUGAAGGCAUCUUCAAUUCUACACUUUGGUCAAAGCCAAGAGCUGGGGGCUUUGUCCUUCUAAGCUGAAUAUCCACUUCUUCCUUUCUCACUCCUUCCCCCUUCAUUUCUUCCUCCCAGAAGCUGCCUUGCUUUAUGAGUAUUUUAUACUUAACGUAGAAAUGCAUUCAGCUAUUUUCAGCCACGGGUGGGGUGAGGGUGGGGGUGGGGCUAUUUCUGAGAAGGGAGCUUAGGGACACAAACCUCUUUUAUACAUGCUUUGCCUUUUUUUUUUUUUUCCUUUUGUUCCUUCCUCCUCUGGAGAGAUGAAGAAAUAGUUGAUGGAGGAUGGGGUGUGGGUGGGGCCCAGGAUCCCUUGGUGCUGAUGGGCUGGUGGGGGCCAGACUUUCAGAGGAGUGGGAGGGGGAGGGAGGUGCAAAGCAAUGAAGCCAUUUCUCUUGGGCUCCAGGGCUCAUAGUCUCUUGGGACUACAUCCUGGUAAUCAGCCUGACCAAUAAACCUGCUUUUCUAAAA